GCUGUUUUUAUCAGAUAAUAAAAAAGCGACGCAAUUUAGGAUUGAUUAGAAGUUAAACACGAACUAAGCUCAAAAUGAGCGGCAAUAUACACGGCAUCAGUUGGUUUCCCAACUUUCCCGACAAGUUCGUCUCAUGGGGGCAGGAGAUUAAUUUAUACGAAGUGCGCAGCAACAAAGAUGAAGUGCUCCAAAAGAGUCGAUUGCCCUAUAUACCCGUCAACUAUCUGUCCAAUGAGACGAGGUAUCAAUAUGCCCGCUGUGUGGCCGCCUCCUAUCACAGUGAUCAGCCGAUUAUAGCCGUUGGCCUGGCCGAUGGCAAAAUUGGCAUAUGCAAUUUUCGGGACACCUACGACAGCAGCUGGGAGUACACACCGCGACAGCAGCGCAUGUGUACGUGUCUGGCCUGGAACGAGUUGGAUGCCAACAUUUUGGCCAUUGGCCAUGAUAAACAUCGCUCGGAUUCGUGCAUCACCAUCUGGGACAUUGAACGUGGCGUGCCCAAGGAAACGGCCAAUUUCUUUGGCCUCUCGGAAUCCUCGAAUUCCCUCUGCUGGGAUCACAAUCAUCGCGUCCUCAUCGCCGGCAUGAGCCAGAAAUUGAUAAAACUCUUUGAUCUGCGACAGGGCAAUGCCACCUGUCAGUCAAUACCGACAAAGAAUGUCCAUGGAUUAUCGGUGGCUCCCAAUGGCAAUUAUCUGUGCAGCUAUGUGGACUCGGUGAUAAUGCUCUGGGAUCUGCGUGCCAUUGAGCGCCCAUUGAGGCAGAUCCAAUCCUCAAGGAAUCACAUGCAGAUCGCCUGGUGUCCGACACGCACCUCGUUGUUGUCCUCGCUGCAGAGGGAUUCCCCCUACAUCACACUCUAUGACAUACGCAGCGUGGACAACGAGUCCAGUCGAGAGGUUUACCAUGUGAAGCGACAGAUAAGUCCAUUCCCGGCCAAGUAUCAGCAUAGUGGCAAGUUUGCCGCCGUCAAUUGGCUCUCCUGGCAUCCGCGGGACUUUGAAAGAAUGCUUCUCCUGGCGGAUGCACUCAAUAUACUCGACUUUCGCCUGCCCGCCAGUUUGCACACGGCGUACAGCAAUCGGAGCAAGUUGCCACUGUUGAUGCAACGUCCUCUAUAUGCUCCGGCUCCUGCUGCUGCUGCUGUUGCCAAUGAUGUGACAAGUUCAACUUCUCCAACAACAACAACUCAACCGAGCAGCUGCAGCACACACAGCUCCUUAAGUGACUACAACGUGGGUUCCUCCUUGAGCUUCGACUUCCUGGAGCGGGAACUCUUUGAGGAGGAUCUCCUGCAGGAGACACGGCAACGUGCUCUACAAGAUUACGGCAUGAAGCCGGAUAACAAACGAUUUGCCGAUGUUAAUCUAAGUCGCUAUCUGCGCAAUGUUUGGGCCACAUUGAACAAUGUGUUCUGUGAGGAACGCUUGACGGGAUUAAAGGCCACGUUGGGCAUCAAUCUGGGGCAUACUUCAGAGGCGAGUCCGCGCCUUGAAUCACAGGUGCUCCAAUGGCCCGAUGGCAUCAACAACUCCAACAAACUCAUCUGCUAUCGGAGUGAACAGCGGGAUCUGGCGCUGCAGCUUUGUGGCUGGUGCUUUGAGCACGAGCUGGACAGAUUUAUAGAUGAGCUCUAUGCCAACAAGGAGUUCAGUCGGGCCGCCAUGAUCUGUGUGUUCCACCUGAAGGUGCUGGCUGCCUGCAAUAUACUGUCGCAAGCGGCGGAUAAGAUGCGGGAUCCGAGCAUGUAUCGCAUCACGGCCAUUGCCCUGUCCAGCUUUAAUGCGGAUCGUUGCAGCUCCACGUGGAAGAAUCAACGUUCCACGGCCAAUAUGCAGAUACAGGAUCCGCAUUUGCGUGCCAUCUUCUCAUUCCUCACCAUGGAGAAGGAUAACUUUGAUGCGGUGCUCAAAGAGGAGGGCGUUUCUCUAGCGGAUCGUGUGGCCUUUGCCUGUAAAUAUCUAUCGGAGACCAAACUAGCGGAUUAUAUAAAACAGCGCAUUCAACGUGCCAUCGAAGGCGGAGAUCUCAAUGGUCUGCUCCUCACAGGGGAAUCGUUAGAUGGCAUCAAUAUACUACAAGCCUAUAUGGAUGCCAGUUUCGAUGUGCAAACUGUGGCCCUGGUGGCCAUCAAUUACUUCCGCAACGAGCAUUUCACCAACAAUCGCAUACAGUACUGGAUUGCCAGCUAUCUGGACUAUCUCAACAGCUGGGGACUCUGGGAGAAGCGUGCCGAGCUGGACAUUAGGAUCGAGAAUAUCCGUCCAUCUUCGCGCAGUUCCAGAACCGUUUAUUUGUCCUGCAAUUUCUGUGGCAAAUCCGUAACGAAUGCGCUGUUGGAUGAACCGCGUCCUCGAAGCACCAGCACGAGCACAAAUCGUUUAUCCUCGUGUCCCAGCUGCCGAAAGCCCUUGCCCCGCUGCUCUCUCUGCGUGAUGCACAUGGGCACCAUGAUGAACACGUGCACGAACGCAGGAGAAUCGAAUUUAACGGAUCUCCAGGUCGGCUGGCAAAUGAAACCGUUCUCCAAGUGGUUCUCCUGGUGUCAGACAUGUCGUCACGGUGGCCACACCGAGCACAUUAUGCAAUGGUUCAAGCAAAAUUCCGAAUGUCCAGUGUCGUCCUGCAACUGUCGCUGCUUCGAUAUGGACGGCACCAAACUGAACGCUUUGCGUGAUAUUUCCUAGCUGCUCCGGCAUGCCUUCAACCUACAACUACAGACAUCCUAUAUAUAGAAACGCCCAUGCCAUAUGGUUCGCCUUAAACUGAAAAGUGUUCAUUGUACUUAGACAACGGUUAAUGUGCCCAUAGCUUUAGUUUAUUAUGACCUACAGCUCUUAGCUGCUCAACUGCAUUUUAUACUUACAAUAACUAAAAAUAUAAAAAAUACAAAAGACGAAAAUAUAAAGUUA